AUGAUUGUCAGAAAUUUACUGCCCGUUUGCGUUUGCAGACAUCGCACUUUUUCCUCUCUCUCUCUCUCUCUCUCUCUCUCUCUCUCUUCUCUCUCUCUCUCUCUCUCUCUCUCUCUCUCUCUCUCUCUCUCUCUCUCUCUCUCUCUCUCUCCUCUCUCUCUCUCUCUCUCUCUCUCUCUCUCUCUCUCUCUCUCUCUCUCUCUCUCUCUCUCUCUCUCUCUCUCUCUCUCUCUCUCUCUCUCUCUCUCUCUCUCUCUCUCUCUCUCUCUCUCUCUCUCUCUCUCUCUCUCUCUCUCUCUCUCUCUCUCUCUCUCUCUCUCUCUCUCUCUCUCUCUCUCUCUCUCUCUCUCUCUCUCUCUCUCUCUCUCUCUCUCUCUCUCUCUCUCUCUCUCUCUCUCUCUCUCGGACGCGCGCGCGCUCGAGGCCGCAGAACUGAAUCAUGAGCACCACGAAGAUGACGCUGCCACCACGUCGGAUGAGACGUCUCACCAAAACACCCUCAUUCAAUUCUUCCUCAUGACAGCCGCCAUGUUUGUGGGCGCCUUUGCCGCGGGUUACCUGCCCUUUCUUCUGCAGCUCUCGCCGGAACGAUUCAAGGCCAUCAACGUCGUCGGCGCUGGUGUGCUCCUGGGCACGGCCCUCAUCGUCAUCAUUCCAGAAGGCAUGCACAUGAUGCAGGCUGCUCAGGCCCACGGUGGCCACCACAGCCACGAACAUCAGCCUGCCAAGCGCUCCCUGCCCACCAGUGGCAUUGAGGAUUCUUCCAGUACUGCAAAUACAGCCCCACCCUUGACAGCUUUUGUCGGCUUGGUCAUCCACGCCUUUGUCGAUGGCGUCGCCUUGGGGGCCACUGCAGGACAGGGUCACCUCGACACUUCAUUCUUGAUUUUCGGAGCCAUCAUGCUGCACAAAGCGCCCGCUGCUUUUGGGUUGACAACCUUUCUCAUGCAAACCAGCCUCAAGCACCGUGACGUACGACGCCAACUGCUUCUUUUUGCUGCCGCCGCGCCGAUUGGUGCGGUGGUGACGUUUUACGCACUGUCCCUGGGCCUCUUCUCAUACCAACUGCAAAGCCUGGCCGUCGUCAUGCUGUUCUCAGGUAAUGGCAAUGAUUGUCUCUGGAUGGCCUUUGGCUGGGAUGACCCCGCUUGCUGA